AUGGCAAAAUUGAAAUACCAGUUGCUUGGGCCACAGAGUCCGCCACGUUUCGGGGAGCGGACUUUACGGCUGCCCUUCAAAGUUCUGCUAGGCUCUGCCUCGGUUCUGCUGCUUGUCUUGUAUUAUCUUAGACAUGUCUCAGAAACAAGGCCAACUGUGGAAACUGAUUUAAAUGACCCAAGGCUUAGCUCUACGACUACAAUAAAUCCAAGUACGCAGAUACCAAUUGAAAUUUAUGUCUUCAAUUCAACUCUGGAGCACAACGAUAGCAAAUAUUAUGUGAAAACCUCAAAGUGUCGUAUGUCUGCCCCAUAUCCCUUUACGGCUGAUGUUUUGAAAAUAUAUAAACCAAAAACAUACAAGAAGUGCGAUCCAAGUAAGGAUCUCAUCACCGUGCACUUUGAGGAGGGUCUCUACAGGCUACAUAUGAACGAAGUGAAUAUCACAUGUUGUUAUAAACAGAUCCUGCGUUCCGGCGAUCGCGAUCAUGCGGACCAGAUGUAUAGAUUGCUGCCAUGCAGUAAUUUUCAUCAGGAUUUCGUUGUGCCUCAACACGUAGAUGCGAUCAUCACCGAAUGCCGUCGCUUGAAGGACAAAAAGCUGUUGCAACAGGAUGCCUUUGGCUUUGUGCAACCAGCGAGACAUGUGGACAAUCGCACAACUUUGAAUAAUUCAACAAUGGAUCAAUCCCCUGAGGGUAGACCCAGUGUCCUGCUCUGGGGCAUUGACUCCAUGUCGCGAAUGAACUUCCAGCGGACCAUGCCGUUGAUGUACAAGUAUCUCAGAGAAGAGAACUGGUACGAGCUGCAGGGCUACAACAAGAUGGGAGACAACACAUUUCCCAAUUUAAUGGCGGUGUUGACAGGAUUUAAUAGCACCAGAUCCCUGUCAGUCUGCCAGCCCAAAGAAGUGGGUGGCUUGGAUGCUUGUCCAAUGCUCUGGAAAAAAUACAAGGAAAAGCGCUACAUAACAGCUUAUGCGGAGGACUGGAGCCGUUAUUCUACGUUCAAUUUUUUAUUUAAGGGCUUUCAAAACCCUCCAACGGAUUACUAUGCACGUCCACUAAUGCUGGCCGUUGAGAAGGAGCUGCCGAAGGUGAACGACAUGGCCAUACCCUAUUGCGUGGGACGAAGGCAUUUAGCGGAGUAUAUUUCUGACGCUGCACUACAGUUUACGGAAUUCUAUAAAAAUCAGUCCACCUUUGGCAUGUUCUGGACGAAUUCCUUUAGCCACAACAACUUUGCCCUGCCCUCUUCCAUGGAUGCCAAGAUCCUUGAAUAUAUGCACACAUUGCAGAAAAGUGGAACCCUUGAAAAUUCCAUUAUUUUAUUCUUUAGUGAUCAUGGAAUGCGAUUCGGCGCACUACGCAGCUUGGAGAGUGGCUUUCUGGAGGAGCGCAUGCCCAUUAUGUAUAUUUGGCUACCCAAUUGGUUUAGGCAAAAGUAUCCAGAGCAUGUAAUUAAUUUAAUGCUUAAUCGGAAUCGCCUAACUUCACCGUACGACAUCCACGCAACAUUGAUGCACAUCCUGGAGUUGGAGACACCGUUCGCUAACUUACCAAGACCUGAAGGUUGUCCCAGCUGUCAUAGCAUUUUUUUGGAGGUAGCCGAGUCAAGAGAUUGCACCGAUGCGGGCAUCGAUGAACACUGGUGCACUUGCCUGGAAUUAGAAGAGGUGCCACAGACCGAUCCGAAGGCAAAACUCCUGGCAGACCAGCUGGUCGAGGCCACAAACAAUUAUUUGGCAGCUAAAAAUCUGACAGGAACGUGUGAGAUCCUGAAAUUAACUAAAAUUAAGUCUGUGAAAGCGCAAAUAUUAUCGCACUCAAACCAAACCGAUUCCUACCUGGUCAGAUACGAGACGGCACCAGCCGCGGCAUUGUUCGAGGCAACGGUCAAGUGGAGCAACGCGACACAGCGCAUCUCCAUUUCUGUGCCCAGCAUUAGUCGAAUGACGGCAUACAGGGAGUACUCGCAGUGUGUAGGGGAUGCUACUCUCAAGAAGUUCUGCAUCUGCAUGCAAUCAGCUAUUAAAUGAAUCAACCCCGGCAAUCCAAGCUGGUGGACUGUCGUUUAACCACAGCCAAAGAUGCAUCUGCAUUCCUUAGUAUCCUUGCUGUCUGUGCCUGUAUCUGUAUCUCGAGUGUAUUGUUGCCAACGCCUAUCGGCAGUUCCGAUCGCACCCUGUGAGUUUGCAAGCAGUUUCCGCAACUAAUUUGGGUUGGGCACAAAUUAGUUGACAAUUAUAUGACAAUUGCAGGACAUAAUUGCAGCAAUAUCAACGAUAAGAAGACAGCUGUUUAGUCUAUUGCAAUAAUUCAGUUUUCCUCUUUUCAUUAUUUAUGCAUUUGAUUUGCGCAUUUGUUGCUUGCCAACAGAUCAAAAUACCUUUCUUAAUAAGAACAAAUAAAAUAAUAUAGUGCAUAUCUUAUCGCGUAGUCAAUAAUACAUAUUCUAGGAAAGGUGAAGCGUCUCAGUCAAUUAGUUCAAGAACCUGUCAAAGAUAAGUUUUCUGUGAUUAUUAACACAAACAAAGGUUGUUUCUAGUAGUAAAUGUUUAUUCGAUUAAAGCUCCUUGAUAGCCUCGAAGUUGGCAAUCUUUUUUAUAUA